AUGGCCCCCCUGCUGGGCACGCCGCGCCGCCGCGCGCCCGCGCCGCCGCCGCGCAUCACCAACACCCAAAAGGAGAUCUGGGACGAGGACGACGAGGCCCGCGAGAUGGCGAGGGGCAUCGACCCCGACACCCGCGAAUACAUAUACACCAGCGACACCCCGGUUUGGGACCCCGAAAAGGGGCCCCUGAGGGCCCGCCUGAAUAAGACGAUCGCGGAGGAGCAGUUUUCAGAUGAGAUCAGUGUGGUGGAGACCGCCUACUGGUUCCACACGCCGCCGACCAAGGGCGGCUGGCGCACGAAUGUCAAGGUGCCCGUGGCAAAGGAGAUCGAGGGGGACUUUCCCGAGCCCGAGCACACAGACCCCGACGAGGGCUUUGAGCGCGCCCCCCUCGAGUACCUGCAGGAAGGGAUGGAGAUGGACGGGAUCGUGACUGAUGUGUGGCUGUACCACGGGGCGCAGGUCGACUUCAUCUGUCAGUUUGACGGGUAA